AUGGCAACCGCCACCAUGGUCCGGGAACAUGUCGAGCACGCGCAGAACAAGACAAAAUCCAAGACGAAAGCUGCCAUCGAUUUCGCUCACCAGGCCGAAAGAUUGGCGUACCUUGCCCCGGACCAAGAGAAUGACGCUACCGGCUCAACACAAGCUGUCGAGGCAAAGUUUAUCACCGCACAGGAUCCCGUCAUCGUGACCGCAGAUGGCGGACGGUUGCCAGCAGUGCCUAUUGAAGAGGCUAAGAAGCUUAAUCAAUUAAGGGAUGAGGUCGACGAGAGGGAUUCGUCUGAGAGCCCACCAGUGAAGGGCGAGGCACGUGAAGCGAAGGAUGGUACGAUACACGGCGCGAGUCCAGCACCCGAGGGCUCUGCUUCGCAGGCUGGCAACGACGGUCAGACCGAUGCCCCGCUCCAGAGUCAGACACCGCCAUCGAGGACGAACCCACUUUUUCCACCGCUGCCCAUGUAUGGGCCUCCCACAAUGCUCCGGAAGAUCCACGUUUGGUUAUUUAGAUGCACAUCAGCCGUUCUUUCGUUGUGUUUUCUUCUGGUCAUUAUUCUCGGCGCCCUGUUCACAAGCAUACCGGAUGUCGCGAAGAGGCAGUGGAUGCGCCUCACUCUCCAAGAUCCUAACAAAAGCCGGCCAUUUUUCCAAGAGGAGGACAAGAGGAGGAAAGCACGCCGAAUAGCUGAGAAGGCAUGGGAAAAGCGAAGCCAUUCUCAGACAAGAGCCGAUGCGCAUGAUGCAGACGAGUUUGUACCCCUCGAAGGUGGUCCAGAUAAGAUCCCUUGCGAUGUCCGCUACUAUGCGCGCCGCGUAGGCCUCGACUGCGAGAUCUUCGACGUUCAGACCGAGGACGGCUUCAUCAUCGAACUUUGGCAUAUUUAUAAUCCUCGAGAAUAUCAACGAAGCGACCCGUCUCAACGCACACCCAAUGACCCGGACGUCUUCAGCAAUGAUAGGUCCACCGAUGAUGUAUCAGGCUCCCAGUACAGGCCCGGCAAUAAGAAGUACCCCGUUCUCAUGAUCCACGGUUUAUUACAAUCCGCAGGCGCCUACUGCACCAACGAUGACGACAGCCUCGCCUUCUUCCUCGCCAAAUCUGGCUACGACGUCUGGCUAGGGAACAACAGAUGUGGCUUCAAGCCCCGCCACAAUCUGCUUUCCUACUCGGACCCGCGCAUGUGGGCCUGGAACAUCCGGCAAAUGGGCGUCAUGGACCUACCUGCGCUGAUCUCCCGCGUGCUUUCCGAAACAGGUUUCUCGAAACUUGGACUCAUCGCACAUAGCCAAGGCACAACGCAAACGCUCGUUGCCCUCGCCAAGGAACAGCGACCAGAGAUUGGCGAGAAGAUAUCGGUAUUCUGCGCACUCGCUCCAGCUGCUUACGCCGGCCCACUGAUAGGCAAAAUGUACUUUAAGUUCAUGCGCAUUAUCAGUCCAGGCAUGUUCCGCGCUAUUUUCGGUAUUCAUGCUUUCAUCCCCUUCAUGAUGACCAUGCAUUCACUGCUCCCACCGCGGUUCUACGGGGCAAUGGGCUACCGUGUCUUCAGCUUCCUGUUCAAUUGGACCGACGAUCGUUGGGAGCAAGAUCUGAGAGAUCGCAUGUUCCAAUUUGCGCCCGUUUAUGUCAGCGCUGAGAGCAUGCGCUGGUGGCUUGGAAGAGAAUGCUUCGCGAAGCAGAAAUGUAUUCUGGCUACCAGAGAGGAGAAGAACAUCGAAGAUCGUGAGGACGCCCAAGAAGAUGAAGAACGCGAGCGCUCUGACGAUUCGUCAUCGGACGAUGAAGAGGACGAGCCUGGUGCUGGUGUAGAUGCCACCCAAUUACGAAGAUGUGACGUCAAUCGCGCAAAGUACGCAUGGUAUGGACCUCAAACACCGCCCUUCGCAUUCUGGGUCUGUGGAAACGAUGCCCUCGUAGACGGGCGGCGGCUCCUGCGUCGCUUCGAGCGCGGGCGCGAACCGCACGUCGAUCUUGUGCACUCGAAGAUUAUUGAGGGGUAUGAGCACCUCGAUGUGAUAUGGGCGAUGGACGCCAUCGAGAAAGUCGGCAAAGAAGUACGAGAGGUCAUAUGGAAGACGGCAGACGAGGAGGCGAGGUAUGUGUGCAGGACACCGAGAGGUUGUAGGGGCAUUAAGGAAGAAGAGUACUAUAGAAAAGGUAGAGACCAGGAGGUCGAGAUGAGAAGAAUGGAUACUACCGCGGGUGAGUGGACUGCGAAGGGGAGGGAGCAGGUCGGUGGUGGUGGAGGCGAAGGAGACCGCAACCUGGACGAAGAGAUCCAAGAGGGAGAAAGGGUGUAA